AUGGAUGAUGAUCUCCAUGGGCCAGCCCUUCCACCGGGCUACACAGCAGAACCCUCCAGCAGUGAUGAAGAGGAGGAGGAGGAGGAUGAAGAGGUGAUCGGGCCCAUGCCUGCUCAAGGUGCCAUCCAGGACUCCGUGGCUCUGGACAUCGAACGCAGAGCUCAGAAGAUGAAGGACAGACUGACGGGAGCAGAUGUGAGCACCUCACUAUUCUACAUCUAGACAUCCUGGGGGGGGGACUAUGGAUCUCUCUCCGUCCGUUCGUACCUAUGUUAGUCACACGCGAUAUCUCAGACACCACCGGCCCGAAUUUGGCGAAUCUUGGGUGAAUGAUGCGUCUCGCUAAUAGAGAUUACACUGAUUGGCCCAAGGGGGGGGCGCUAUAGUAAUCAACUGAAUUCCAGAGUUAAUUUUAAAUGCCCUAGUAGCUAGCGUCUUACAUGCCUUUGAGCAUUUGCAUCAAGUGUAAAUGAUAGACAUCAGUGGAUCGAUGUGAUUAUUCAACCAUUAUGUUACUAUCAGUAUAGUCUAGCAAGACUAUCCCUUGUCUGCCCAUAAAAAUACAUCCUGUUUUAUGUCAAUACAUCUCCUUAUCCACCAGUGGAGUCUGUUAUCUGACAUCCUAUCCAAUCUUGACUUGAUAGUUUUUUUUCAUCUCAUUAAUCCACACAACAUAAAUUUGAAUAAUUUGCACUAAUUGGGCGGGGGGGGGGGCUGCAUCUGCAUCAUUCGUGGGGGACGACAUGUUUACUUUUGCCUUGUUUCUGAUAAACCGACCAGUAAUUAAUGUAUCUUUAUGGUGCUUGAAUACACCACCAGGUGGCACCCUUAGGAAAAUGCAAAUUGGGUGUGGUUCUCAUACGUAGUUCAGUCCUGCAAAAUGUUUUUAAACUGUGUAAUAGGACAAAUUUAAACUCCUCUUAUUUCAAAUCAUUUCCCCACGUUUGCUCCCACUGAACAGACCCCAGGUGAAAUGUCCUGGGGUGUGUUGGUAGAAUGAGUUGACAGGCUUGUCUGUGAUGGUUGAUUGGCAGGAUGGUCCGGAGGAGGUGGUGAGAGAGACCUGGAUGACAGAGCUUCCUCCAACACUGCAGCACAUCGGGCUGGGGGCCAGAACCUUCAAGAAGAGGGCUGGACCGGAGAGCAAGGACCGAUCCCUCUGGACCGACACUCCUGCUGACCGAGAACGCAAACUCAGGGUAGGGAACACUGGUUCUGUUUCUAAUCUGAACAGUCGACACAUUUCUUUUGGAAUUUCACACUACUGUACUGACUAUAUCAUUCUCUCUCUCUCUCUCUCUCUCUCUCUGUCCUCUCUCUCUCUCUCUCUCUCUCUCUCUCUCUCUCUCUCUCUCUCUCUCUCUCUCUCUCUCUCUCUCUCAACAGGAACGACUGGAGGGAAAGAAGAGUGAAGAGAUAGAGUCUGUCCCUCAACUGUCUCACAAAGAGUUGCAGAUGGCUGAGAAAGUGUCCAAAUACAACGUAAGUAGGAGGGACUCUUUUCUCUGCCCACAAUGCAUCAGCUGCAUGACCUGCACCCAUUAUGGGAGCAGAAGAAGGGUGUAUGAAGAUGUCACUACGGCAUUUAGAAAUAGGAGACUAGAUCAAGGUGUCUACUAGCCAGUACAUGUCAAAAUGAGUUUACAUUUACAUUUUAGUCAUUUAGCAGACGCUCUUAUCCAGAGCGACUUACAGUUAGUGCAUACAUUAUUAUUAUAUAUAUUUUUUCAUACUGGCCCCCCCGUGGGAAUCGAACCCACAACCCUGGUGUUGCAAACGCCACGCUCUACCAACUGAGCUCUCUCUCUCUCUCUCUCCUCUCUGUUAGGAAACCAAGCGUGGGGAGUCUCUGAUCAGUCUCCACGAGAAGCAGUUGAAGAAGAGGAAACUGGAUGAGGGAGCCAAGUCGGUGGAGAGACGGGCGUUUGACAGGGACCAGGACCUGCAGGUCAACAAGUUCGACGAGGCUCAGAAACAACGCCUGCUGAAGAAGUCCCAGGAGCUCAACACACGCUUCGGACACAGCAAGGAGAAAAUGUUCCUCUGA